AUGAAAAUGGAGGAAACGGGCAGCAACGCACAGGCACACAGAGUCGAUGAAAACGUACUCACGGAAGGGGGCACGGACGCCGGUGAGUUUUUUUUUUUUCUUAAAGCAGAUUCUACUACUAAUUUUAGGCUGAUAAGCCGAGGGAGGAGUGGUAAUGGGAGGGGUGAAAAAAGAAGUGAAUUAGAUGUGAUAAGGGGUGGAUUUUUUUAAGAAGAAAAACCAAAGGGGAAGGAUAAGAGGGAGGGGUGAAAAAAGAAGUGGAUUAGAAGAAAAAGGGGUGGAUCAGGGAUAGGUGGGGUGAAUUAAAAGUAGGAAGGGUAGAUUUUUCUCUUUUGGGCAGACGGUCUAAGGAAAAGAGGUUGAAUAAGGCUUCCAUGAGUUGUAGAAGGAUGGGGCAAGGACAUGGUAAGUGAGAAAAUGAGCAAAGAGGGGGGGGGGAGGGGGGAGGGGUGGAAAAAGAUUGGACUGGAUGUAAAAGGUAGGGUAGGGUACGGUAGGGCAUAAUGCUUUUAAAAAAUAUGUCGGUAGGGUGAUUUAGACUACUUUGGCUCCUGGGGGAGGAUUACCAAUUUUUUGAUAAAAGGCUGCAUUCUUUUAGUAAUUUUUAUACAAAUAGUCUUCUGCAUAAUCAAGCCUGACUUUUUUUAUAAUAAAACUAGUGCCGGGCGGGAAAUUUUGCGUAUUUUUGUUCUGUGGGUGGUAAAACGCGUUUUUUUUGAAUCGAAAAAGAUUAGGGAAUAUGAUGAUAACGUUUUUGGUAAAAAUAAUAUUAAAGAACGAAGAUCUAACUGAUUUUUGUAUUUUUUUUCUUCAUUUUUUAGUUUUUAAAAUUAAAAUUUUGGUCAAAAACGAAGUCCAAAACAGAAAAACGGCCGUCUUAACAACUAAAACUAUACAAACUAAAUUUUUUAUAUAAAAAGAUCGUGAAAACUCUUUUUAUUUAUACUUUCUUCAACUCUUAUUUUAUUUUUCCCAUCUUGCUUUUGUCUAAAAACGUGAAAUACUGACGGUUUUUAUAGAAGAACGACGUAUUUUUCAGACAAAAAGCUCGGAAAUUCGGUCAUUUUUUAUAAAUUCUUUUUUUCCGGAAAAUAUUUAUAUUUCAUUGAUGAUAUUGUUUAUCAGUUUUCUUUACAGCUUUUAAAAAUAAUUUACAACUGCACUUUUAGUUUUACGACUAUUUAUAUUAAUUUUCUCACAUUUAACCACAGAUGUUUGAUGGAUAAUAUAAUAUUGCUCGGUUUCAGGCGGUUCCUCCAGCCCAAAUCAAGACUCCUCUCCACCAAACCUGGGGCAGGUAAACAGCUCGGAUUUGGCGCCACUUCAGCCGGCUACCUCGAAGGAAUCGGAAGCCGCUGAAGAACUUUCACCACCAGAUCCAACUCCAUCGACUUCGAAGGAAAUUGACAGUUCUAAACCAAAAAGCUCGAAGAAUCCAGAAGAAAACAGUGAUUUCGAACCAUCACCAUCUAAAAAAGAGAAAAGUAAGUUGUUUUCUUUGUUUUUGUUCGAAUUUUAGGCCUAUAUUGUGAUGAAGGUUGUUAUCCAUGAUGUAUGAUGUUUUCAGAAGGUGAAAUGGAAAGUGCCUCGAAUUCUGAUUCACCACAUUCGUUGUUAAUUGAUGAGGAUGAGCCAGGAAGUAUUAGUCGAGUUGCUACGGAAGAGCCAACAAACGAAAGCGAGGCCUAUAACAAUCACGAUAGCUUGUAGGUAUCUAUUGUUAUGGAGAAUAUUUUUUUUGAGGGGGUUGAAGGUAAAAUACGAUCAUGAUAGUCUUUUUAAUUAAAACCUUUAUUCUAUGUAUAGUUUUACUGAUUUAUGUUGUUAAAAAGAGUUAUCUAGAUUAAAACGUGAAAGUUCUGUUUUAGGUGCCAAGUGUAAUAUAGUCUUGGUUGAAAGCCUAGGUAAACGCAAUAAGUUUGGAUUGAGUUUGGUGUUUUAAUAUUUUUUAUUAUAUUGGCCAUCUUUGAAAAGCAUUUAGAUGGUUGGAAAAUUUUUUUUAAAUUAAAAAUAACCCGUAUAUUACCCAUGGCUAGUGUAAUAUAGAUUUAUAGCUUAAAUUUUAAAGAACUGGUCAAGUUUCAAUCUGAUUUAUAUAUCAAAAUUGCUAAGAAACUCAGCUAUUUUUUAAACUUAAACUUUCUAUUUUCAGGCCACCAAGUGAGCCAGCACCACCUCUAGAAGUGAAUCAUCCAGUGGAGGAACGUGAAAAUCCUUACGCUGACGUUUUAAAAGACCCGUUAUUAGGCCAACGACCAUCGAACGAGGUUCUCCAGCUUCUGGAACAACAAUCAGCUGAAGAAAAACGUCUUCGAGAGCAACAAGAACAAAAGGAACGUGAGGAGAGAGCCAGACAAGAACAAGUUCAGAUCAAUGCUCAACUCAAUGGCCUUGGGCCGUCGGCUAGUCAAGCUCUAAAUGGAUUACAAUCUGGUCUACAUGGUCUACCACAAUCUAGUCAAGCUUUGAAUGGACUGGUACCCGGAGUGUCUGGACUUGGGCAAGCUGGAGCACUUAGCCAGGCUGGACUGCUUUCUGGAUUGGCUCAGGCUAGUCAAGGGCUGAAUGGAACUGGUAAGAAUUUUAUUUGGUUUUUUGGUUUUUAGGUAACAAGGAUGAUGUACAUAUGGCUUUGAGGUCUAAAACGUGAAUUUUAAUUAACAGUUUUGUAAAAAAUCAAUGUUUCAGGUAACGGACUGCCCCAAGCAAACGGCCAAGCAUUAAAUGGACUAAGCCAACAAGCUAGUCAAGCACUAAAUGGCUUAGGAUCUCAAGCUAGCCAGUUAAUGAACGGUCUAACUCCUCAGGCUAGUCAAGCUUUUCAAGCCCUCAACGGUCUAACUUCUCAAGCUCAAGCUCUAAAUGGUCUAAAUCCUCAGGCUAGUCAAGCUUUAAAUGGACUAACUCAAGCUCUGGCCCAAAAUUCGGCUAUAAACGGUCAAGCCUUCAGUCAGUCGUUGGCUAGCCAAGCACAAGCCUUGGGCUUAACUUCACAAGCCUUAAACGGCCUACAGAACGGCCAAGCCAAUAAUCUUAGCGGCCAAGCUCAAGCUCUUCAAAGUUUGGCUGCUUUUAAUGGUUUGGAGUUGCCAUUUGGACUAUUUGCGGCCGCUGGCAAUUUGCCUUUACAACUUCAAAACCUACAACAUGCGGCCCAAUUGGCCGCGGCAGCUAUACCGGCCGCUUCCAGUGCUGAUAAGCCGGCUGGAGGGAUAGGUGGGUUUUUGAAAUGAUUUUUUUUAUUUUAGAUACUAACUUUGAAGAAGUUUUGCAUUUUAGGUAACAAAUUUAAUAAAAAGGGCAAGAACUUUCUUUACAAAAUAAAAAAUGGCAAGAACUUUCUUCACAAAACAAAAAAUGGCAAAAACUUUCUUUACAUACACAAUUUUGUAAAUUUAAGCUUAUUUCCCACUUUCUAACUAACUUUUAUAUUCUUGUAGGUAUAGCUCCAAACAUGGCCUCAACCACAGCCAUUAUUGGAGCCUCAAACAUCCCAGCCUCAAUCAGUGCUGCCCUAAGCGGCGGCGGAGGAAAAACAUCCAUAGCCAAGUGUAAACCCGACCGCCAAUCCGUACCGACCAAGACCAAGAAGGAGAUCUACAAGUGGGAAGGCAAAGACCAACACUUUGCCAUGGCAUGGUCGUACAAAAAGUUCCCUGACCAAAAGCUUCGACUGGCAUGCUCGACUAUCAAGGACAAGAACAAUUUGUUCAAAAAUUCAGUAAGUUUUUAAAUUUUUUUUUGUUUUUUUGAUUUUUAGGUCACAAUGAGAGAUCAUGGAUAAUAUAAUGAUGGAAAAAGGUUCAAAAUGGUAGAAGAUUUAUGUUCUUUGUUAAAAUUUGGUUAAAAUAGAUAUGAGCUAGGUAUUGAGAUCGAAUUUAGGGUUCUGGAUCAAGAUUUUGAGUCCAACAUUAGCUGUUUUACUUACAGGUAUCAUGGAUAAUAUAACCAUGGAAAAACGGUGAAAAAUGAAGGAAAAUUAAUGUUUUUUGAUAAAAUUAGAUUGAAAAUAGAUAUCAGCUAUGUUUUCACAUUAAAUUGUGGAUCAUGAGUCAAGAUUUUGAGUUCUAAAUCGAUUGUUUUACUCCGAGGCAUCAUGGAUAAUAUAAUGAUGAAAAAGAUUAAAAAUACGUUAAAAUCUGCUUUUUCUUGAUGGUAUUAGAUGAAAUAUAGAUAGAAGUUACUUGUAUAUUGAAAAUUUGAGCUUUUAAUUUUAAAUUCAGAGUUUUACAAUACUUUUUGUAGGUAUAGGUAUCAUGGAUAAUGUAAUUUUUGGUAUAAAAAUAGGGAAAAUAGAUAAAAUUUAGGGUACAUUGACUGUAGAUCGAGAUUUUAUAACGUUUUAAAGAUUUUAAAAUGACAAAACAACAAAAAUUGUUUCCAAAAAUAACAUAAUACCUAGUGUAAUAUAAAUUCAAGUUAAGUAUAGAUUUCUGGUCUUUAUGAACUAGGAUUAUUCUCUAGAUGUCAAAACAUUAUCAGCUUGGUAAUUUCGAGUCAAAGCUCAAAAAAUUCAUUUUCAGAUGGAAAUAGUAGAGUACGAUGAAGAGCUGGGCGACCUGGUUACAGUAUGUCAUAGGUACAUUGGCUGUCCAUCGGUAGAACUCCAUUUCAUACCAGACCCAGACCAUACCAAGCCAGAUCUAAUCGCCUCGGCUACAGCACAACUCAGAAUCUACAGUUAUCACGAUGAACCAAAAGAUUUGGUACUCGAAGCGAAGCUCCAGUCAGCCCGAGGCAAUCAAGUUAGUCCACUAACUGGUCUGGAUUGGAACGAAGUCUUUACCGAACGUAUCGCUACCUGUAGCAUCGACUCAUCCUGCACCAUCUGGGACAUUGAAGCCCAAAAAGCCAUCAGCGAACUGCCCCCACCCUUUCCGGCCGACGUUCAACAACGACUGAAGCACAAGUGCAUCACCCAAAUGAUAGCACAUGAUAAGCCGGUUCAUGGCAUAGAGUGGUGCAAAUUGAAUGGUGGACAACAUAAUUUCGGCACAUGUUCGGCCGAUGGCUCCGCCAGGCUAUUUGACCUGAGGGACUUGUCAACCUCGCAAAUUAUAUAUGAGGACCCAGAACAAGGUGCUGUGAAUCAUCUGGCCUUCAACAAGAUUGACGAGACUUGCUGGGCUUUAGUGCAUCACAAUUCGAAUCAUGUAAGAAGGUUUUUUUUGUAUGUUUUGGGGCGGUUUUGGAGGGAGUUGUAGAGGUUUCAAGGUUGCGCAGCCUGCGGGGGACAAGUUAUACGGAAAAUUUGCUUUUACAAUUAAUAUUCUACUGGCAUCAGAAGGCUAUUUUGAGAGUUUUUAAGGGUUUUUGGUUCAACUUAAAGGGAGUUGUAGGGGUUUGAAGGUUACGCAGCCUGCGGGUGACAUGUUAUACGAAAAAGUUGGUUUUGUAUGUUUUGCCUUAAAAAUUAAAUACAAAUAAGUUAACAUUACGACUUUAAUCAUGUAAAAAGUUCAUUUUCGAAUCUUGGUACAGUUGGGGGCAUUUUAAAGCUAGUUAUAACGAUUUAAAGGUUGCGCAGCCUGCGGGUGACAUGUUAUACGAACGAUGAAUUAAGCCAUUUCUUUUGUUUUGAAAUAAAAUUUUUUGGUAUUUUUGCGAAUAUAAAGAAAAUUUUUGUUGUUUUUUAAAAUUUUAGAAGUUAUGGUUUGAAAAAAUUUCAAUUUAUAUUAUUUUAGGUAAUAGUCGGAGAUCACCGCAUGCCGAACCGCGUCCUACAACGAUUCACAAAGCACAGUAGUCCGAUCAACAGUGUGGAUUGGGCGCCACACACGAAUCAGCAUCUGUGUACUGGAUGUGAGUUUUUGAAAAUUUAAAAUUUUAAAAUUUUUUUGAAAUUUUGAAAUUUCUUAAAAAAUUAAGUUUGCGGUGUUGACUAAGGUAAAAAUGAUAUGUUAAGCACUUUGAGGCGGGGUAAAACAACUUAGUAUAGAACAUUAAAAGCGGGGUAAAUUUUUUCCAAAAAAAUUCAAAUUACGAAGUUUUUCAAAAAUUUGAAAAAAAAUUGCAGCAAGCGACUGCCAAGCCCUAAUAUGGCAAAUCCACUACACUUCGGAGCCGAUAUUGGCCUAUCCGGCUGCUGGUGAGAUCACCAAAAUCCGAUGGUCGGGCAUCUACUCCAACUGGAUUGCCAUCUCUUUUAGCAACAAAAUCGAACUUUUACGGGUCUAA